GAGCUUUAACACAGUGUUUCAUAUAUUGAUCUCAUAUCAGUCACCCAAGUGUAGUGUAGUCUUUGCUUUAAUGAGCACAACCUAUUGUUUUAUGUAGUGCAAAUAUUCACAUUGAUAUAUUAGGCUUCAAUUUUAAAGUGUAGGAAAGGUGAAUAGAGCAUAAAUGUUUAAACCCAAAUGGAAAUCAAAAGGGGGAGGGAAUUUCUUUUUGUUCAUUCAGUUUUAGCAGAAAUAAGUUUAAGAUAAUUUUUAUGUCAUGCUUAUAUUACUUUUCAAGGAAAAGACCAUUUCAGGCAUGAAGAACAUCAUUGCUGAGAUGGAGCAGGCAUCAAGACAGUCUACCGAAGCGCUAAUCAUGUGUGAACAAGACAUUUCCAGGAUGCGUCGGCAGUUGGAUGAAACAAAUGAUGAACUGGCUCAAAUUGCCAGGGAAAGAGAUAUCUUGGCUCAUGAGAAUGACAGUCUCCAAGAACAGUUUUCCAAAGCCAAACAAGAGAACCAGGCGCUGUCUAAACAAUUGAAUAAUACUCAUAAUGAACUUAAUGAUAUAAAACAGAAGGUCCAAGAUACUAAUUUGGAAGUUAACAAGCUGAAGAAUAUAUUAAAGUCUGAAGAAUCUGAGAACCAGCAAAUGAUGGACCAACUCCAAAAAGCCAAUGAGGAUGCUGAGAACUGGGAAAAUAAGGCCCGGCAAGCUGAGGCGGACAACAAUACCCUCAAACUGGAACUUAUCACCGCUGAGGCAGAGGGUAACAGACUGAAAGAAAAGGUAGAUGCCCUCAGCAGAGAGGUAGAGCAGCACUUAAAUGCAGAAAGGUCUUACAAGUCCCAGAUUUGUACCUUACAUAAAUCUCUUGUGAAGUUGGAAGAGGAGCUUCAGAAGGUUCAGUUUGAAAAGGUGUCUGCCCUUGCAGACUUGUCUUCCACAAGAGAACUUUGUAUUAAACUUGACUCAAGCAAAGAACUUCUUAAUCAGCAGCUGGUUGCUAAAGAUCAAGAAAUUGAAAUGAUGGAGAGUGAGUUUGAGUCUGCUCGUUCUGAAAUAGAACUCCUCAGGAGUCAGAUGACAAAUGAGAGAAUCUCCAUGCAGAAUCUAGAAGCUUUGCUGGUGGCCAAUCGGGACAAAGAAUAUCAGUCUCAGAUAGCGCUUCAAGAAAAAGAAUCUGAAAUUCAGCUUCUUAAAGAACACCUAUGUCUGGCAGAAAAUAAAAUGGCCAUCCAGAGUAGAGAUGUGGCCCAGUUCAGGAACGUCGUAACGCAACUGGAAGCUGAUUUAGACAUUACCAAAAGACAGCUAGGGACCGAGCGCUUUGAAAGGGAGAGAGCUGUGCAAGAGCUUCGCCGCCAGAAUUACUCAAGUAAUACUUAUCAUUUGAGUUCUACAACAAAGCCAAAUACAAAAUGUCAUUCACCAGAACGAGCUCACCAUCGAUCACCUGACCGAGGCCUGGAUCGAUCACUAGAAGAGAAUCUUUGCUAUAGAGAUUUCUGACUUGGGAAAAGAUUCUUCACAUCUUUGGGAAAGGUCAAAAUGUCAAACUUAUUUUUUUUGUUAUAUGAUUGCAUUUAUUUUUUUAAUGCUUGACAAUGUUAAAUGUAUAUGUUAACUUUGUGCCUUUGAAUCUCUGUUCUCAUGUGCCAUAUUGCAGUGACCGGAGAUGACUUAUAAAAACAAAAGUGCAUGUGGCUUUUUCUAUCCAUACAGUAAUAGUGAGUGUAAAAUCUGCUUACUUCACUAUUGAACGCUGUCAUGUUACCUAUCCAGAGUAAAUAAAGAAGCUUAUAAAAAGGGGAAAGUGUUUUUUACAAAACUUAUUUCCUUUCCUUUCUUGGUAUCUCAAAUAAUUGGUUGGUUAAAAUUUUUUUUGUGAUUUAUGCUUUCUUGGCUGGAGAAGUUGUCCCAAAAUAGGCACAGUUUAGUGAUACUGGUCUGGGUCCCAUUAUGCCAUUUUGGAACCAACCUGACAUAAAUUCCAGGCCAUAAUCUGACUUCAAAGCAAGAGAUAGUAGGAGUGUGUCAGGAUUUUUAAACCCAUAGCAUUGUACCACUGAUUAACAUACAUUUUCUACAAUUGUGUUUACCGCUACUAUUUUUAGAAAAGCAGGUGAUGCUAUGUCUGUCAAGAAUGUAAGAUUUUUAAAAAUUUGUAU